AUGGAUACUUCAAAAUUGCCGGCGUACCCUUCUCUGGAAACAGUGGAAAGACUCAUUAUCAAGGAGAAGCAGGGGAACUGUGUACCCGUCUACGUCGAACUACCUGCCGACCUUCUGACGCCAUGCAUCGCAUAUCUGCGUAUAGCGAAAGACUCGAAAUACAGUUUUCUGCUAGAGUCCGUGAUCGCAGGCGAGAACAUUGCACGCUAUAGUUUCAUUGGUGCAGACCCACUCAAGGUAAUCAAGACUGGACCCAACGAGGAUAUCAAGGGGGACUCUAUGGUCGCAUUGCAAAAGGAACUCCAGAGCUACAAGUAUGUCAAACUCCCGGAAGUCCCAUCGUUCACUGGGGGAGCAAUCGGCUACAUUGCGUACGACUGCAUACAACACUUUGAACCCAAAACCGCGCGAGUGUUGACCGAUCCAUUGAAUAUCCCCGAGACGGUGUUCAUGCUGGUCGACACCCUACUAAUUUAUGACCAUCUAUUCCAAAACCUCAAAGUAGUCGCCCACGUUUUUAGUCCGGGUGACGCAGGGGCGAUGAACCUGGCCUUUACGUAUCAGACUGCAGUUGCGAAGAUACGGAGGCUGGCCAAAACGGUGCUCACCCAGGGGACACCCGAAGUCCCUCAGGGACCAAUUACCCUCGGUGGAGAAGGUGUCUCGAACGUCGGGAAGGAGGGGUAUGAACGUUUUGUCACCAACUUGAAGAAGCAUAUUGUGGCAGGAGAUAUCAUCCAAGCAGUCCCUUCCCAGCGGCUCGCGCGCCCGACGGCGUUACAUCCCUUCAAUGCGUACCGGAAGCUACGGCAGGUCAAUCCGAGUCCUUAUAUGUUUUACUUGGACUGUGGGGAUCUGCAAAUUGUUGGAGCUAGUCCUGAGACGCUAUGCAAGGUGGAGAAGAACAAGGUAUACAAUCAUGCGAUUGCGGGUACCAGCAAGCGGGGUAAGACUGCUGAAGAGGACGAGAAGUUAGGGGCUGAGCUCCUCGCUUCGGAGAAGGACAGGGCGGAACACAUAAUGCUUGUCGAUUUGGCCCGAAACGAUGUAAAUCGCGUCUGCGAUCCGAAGACGGUGAAGGUCGACCAUUUGAUGCGACUGGAGAAGUUCAGCCAUGUCAUCCACUUGACGUCUCAAGUCUCUGGAAUGCUCCGCGAGGGCUUGACGCGGUUCGACGCUUUCCGGUCAAUAUUUCCCGCAGGGACAGUUUCUGGCGCACCGAAGAUCAAAGCCAUUGAGCUCAUCUAUGCGCAGGAACAAGAACGCCGCGGUGUCUACGCUGGUGCAGUCGGACACUUUGACUUUGCGGAGGACGAAAUGGACACUUGUAUCGCAAUUCGGACCAUGCUCUUCAAGGACGGCGUCGCAUACCUCCAAGCCGGAGGGGGCAUCGUAUUCGAUAGCAUCGAAGAGGAUGAAUACACGGAGACCAUCAAUAAACUGAAGGGUAACGUGAGAGCCUUGGAGGAAGCCGAAAAGUACUGGCAUGAUAUUCAGCUUGCGCAGAGCAGUCAAACGUCAUGA